AUGCCGUCGGCAAUUCCUGAUAUCACGGCCGCUGCCGCCGAAGAUACCAAGACGACACCCACCGAGGUGCCGGUCACGAACGGGAUAAGCAACGGGACUGGAAGAAGGCUCAACAGCAGGGCAACCUGGAACGGACAUGAAAAUGCUGGUAGCGCGAGCGCUUCGGAUUGCUCAACUGACACCUUUAAUCAUAGCUUCUAUGGACUGAAUGCUAGCGAAGCGUGGAACCAUGCUCAACCUAUUCCCGGUCGUACGUUUAGCAUUGAUGAUGAAUCAGGAGAACAGCAACCUCGAGCCUUCUCUCGGAUACAAUCAUGGGGAGAUGAUCCCAAAACCGCACAGUUCCCCCGCAUAUCCAAACCCGUGGAGCUCAUGCGCCACUCAUACGACUGUGUUGUCAUUGGCUCUGGUUAUGGUGGUGGCGUGGCGGCGUCCCGUAUGGCUCGCGCUGGUCAAUCGGUCUGUCUCCUAGAGCGCGGUAAGGAACGCUGGCCCGGAGAGUAUCCGGUUAGCACAGGUGAUGCCCUUGAGCAGGUUCACUACUCGGGCGAGCUUACCCCCGGUUGGUUGCCCAAGAAGGUUGUCAACGGUGGCGAUCCUACCGGCAUGUAUCACCUAAUAUUUGGCAACUGUCAGAAUGCAGUUGUUUGCAAUGGUCUUGGCGGAACCAGCUUGAUAAAUGCCAAUGUAUAUUUAGAAGCGGACAAAGACACGCUACAACAAGAUGCGUGGCCGAAAGAAAUUAGGGAAGACCCUGACUCUUUGACUGAAUAUUACGAGAGAGCAGCAAGUGUCUUAGAGCCAGAAGCGUACCCGGAUGACUGGCCGAAACUGCCAAAGCUUGACCUUCUAGAGAGGCAGGCAAAGUAUUUGAACAUGACAGAUAAGUUUCGACGCGUGAAACAGACGACGCGAUUCCGCAAUGGACCAAAUAGCUGCGGUGUGGAAAUGUUUCCAUCGGCACUCACUGGUCAAGAUGCCACUGGCUUAAACGACGGGUCUAAGAACACUACGCUCGUUACAUACCUGGCUGACGCGUGGAACUGGGGCGCUGAUAUGUUCUGUGAGGCUGAAGUACGAUACAUAACUGAAGCUCCCGAAGGUCAAUCCGGGUAUAUCGUCUAUUUCGCUUGGCAUGGACGAAAUCGUGGCCACUUCAAAGCAAAUCUGCAUGGCGACCUUAUGUGGGUCCAUGCAAGGAAAGCUGUGUUUCUCGGCGCCGGUACCAUUGGCACAACUGAAAUCCUCCUUAGGAGCAAAGAUAUGGGGCUUGAACUGAGUGAGAAAGUAGGCCAGAACAUGAGCGGCAACGGAGAUAUCCUAGGGUUUGGGUACAAUACGGAUUAUGAGGUGAACGGAAUGGGGAAAGCUUCCCCAUCUCCUUCUCAUCCUAUUGGACCUUGCAUUACCGGCAUCAUCGACAACAGAGAAGGCCACGAUAAUCCUUUAGAUGGCUAUGUUAUUGAGGAAGGAUCUAUACCAUCAGCUUUUGCACCUUUCUUACAGGCUAUGCUUGAGCUCUUGCCUGGCAGCAUUGAGCCGACUGAUGAAGGCCUCGUUGGCAAAGUAAAGGCAAAUCUUGCUCGUGUAGGAAGCGCAUUCCUCGGGCCAUAUUUUCGUAAAGGCGCGAUUGAGAGAACCCAAGUAUACUUGAUUAUGUCCCACGAUAGUAACCAAGCAUACCUAACUCUAAAAGAUGACAAGCCAGUCCUUGAGUUUGUAGGCGUCGGCCGUAGUGACCAUGUCAAGACCCUGAACCGCGUAUUAGAGAAAGCCACGAGAGCUGUUGGGGGGACAUUUGUCCAAAACCCCUGGUAUGCCCUGCUGGGUGAGCAGCAAGUCACAGUUCAUCCAAUUGGUGGUGCUUGUAUGGCUCGCGAUGGGACUGGUUCGACUGGCGUUACAAAUCAUCGAGGUGAGGUCUUUAAAGGUUCCGGCACAGAGACCUACCCUGGCCUCAUCGUCACGGAUGCUGCGGUUAUCCCAACUGCCCUCGGUGCAAACCCAUUCGCCACUAUCACGGCUCUGGCUGAACGGUCUGUGGACCACUACGUCAAAGAGAGGGGACUUACAAUCGAUAUGACGCAGAACAAAGUUCUCGAUCUAUUUGGUGCUCCUGAGCAUAAACACCGCCGUGGAAAGAGUGGUUGGAAAGAACAUGUUGAAGAAAAACAAGAGACCGCAAAACUAAACAGUGCGACGAAUGCGAUCAUAUCCGCUCGACGCAUGAAUGAAUCCGGAUUUGGCUUUACAGAAGUCAUGACUGGGUAUAUCCAUCGAGACAAGGGUCUUAAGCGGGACAACAUAGACACAUACGAGUUAGCAGCUAGGACUGCGAAGUCCUUAAGCGAAACGGCACGAUUCUUUCUCAGUGUGCAGUCCUUUAACAUCAGGUCAAUUAUACACGACCCUAGCCAUAGAGCAACCUUAACCGGUACUUUUGUCUGUCCUACCCUCGAGGGGUCCCCAUUCAUGGUACAACGAGGUGACUUCAAUUUGUUCUUGUUAGACCGAAAAGCACCUGGGACUCGAAACCUGACGUACGACUUUGACAUGCGUGGCAUCAAUGGAAGGUGGCUUCAUUUCCAUGGUUAUAAAGUAGUUGAUUCAUCCGUCGCGCUGUCGCCGAUACAUUUCUGGAAAUCGACUAGUACCCUAUAUGUCACUAUCACUGAGCCGAUCUCAGAAUCAAAACGAAAAUGUGCGGAUGCGGAUGAAUGUGGACUUCUGGGGGAAAUCGCUGCUAAGGGCAUUAUGAGUAUCCGAGCAGAGGAUUUCCUUUCCGAAGUUUUAACCCUUACUCCCACGGGCAGCAGCAUUUUCAAGAAGGUCUCAAGUGCAGUCAACUUCCUAACCUUUUUUACUCGGAAGUCCAUGUCGCUUCUCCUAGCACCGCUUACGCCCUUGCAGUAUCCCACGCAGGCCUAUACGGGCUUCGUAAACAAUACACCUCCGACCAAGACAUACCAGAUCCAUGCCUCUGACGGGGUCGUUACUAGAUUAUAUCAGUGGGAGCCCACGAAUCCAACAGUCGAACCGAAAAACUUAUUCAUGAUUCCUGGCGCUUCGGUUGACCAUCAGAUAUUUGCACUUCCUACCAUUCGUUAUAACGCGGUUAACUACUUCCGUCGCGCUGGCUACAGAGUGUUCAUUCCCGUUCAUCGUAUCUGUAUGUUAAUGGUUGCGAAGGAAGACUGGACGACAUUUGAUGCACGUUUGGACCUGAAAGCUUGCCUGGAGAAGAUCCGGAAAGAAACUACCGAAGUCGGUAAGGAACCGGAACGCAUAUACGCUAUCGCACACUGUAUGGGUAGCGUGGCAUUCUCGGCCGGCCUACUCGACGGCACAAUCCCCGCCAAAUGGAUUAAGGGCAUAACUUGCAGCCAAGUGUUCAUGAAUCCGAAGUGGAAUACUCUGAAUAUGAUCAAGAUCAUGGCACUACCCAUUCCAGCCGACACGGUGUACCGACUACUGUCGGGAGAUUGGUUCAAUUUUGGCACGACCGUAAAUGACUCCCUGAUUCAGAGAAGUCUUAACGAGUUACUGCGUCUCAUGCCGGAUGAGCGUAAGGAACUUUGCAACAACGCAAGCUGCCAUCGUGUCACGUUGGCAUUGGGCCGAUGCUGGAACCACCGCAACCUUAACGAGGCAACCCACAGACAGAUUGACCGGUUCUUCGGAGGCAUCAGCAUGACGCUCUUACACAUGUUGAUGAAACAGGGCUACGAAGGAGGCGUCAUGAGUAACGCCCCCUUAUUCGAGCGACUAGACACACCAGAUAAUAUCCGUAGACUAAAGGGCAUUCCUAUCAUGCUCUUCGUCGGUCGCGACAAUGCUGUCCUGACCCCCGAGUCCACGGAGCGGACUUACGAGGUCCUUACCGAUACGUUCACUGGCGAACACGCGAGCGGCGUCCAGUAUCGUCGCCGCGUGGUCCCUAAUUAUGGACAUCUUGACUGCUGGAUGGGACGUAACGCUUGGAAGGACGUUUAUCCGUUUGUCCGCGAGGAGGUUGACCGUGUGAUGCGUGGGGAAGAGUAUAGGUUCCAGGAGCCUCUCGAUCCCUUUUUCGAGCUGGUUAGUAGUGGGAAGCUGCUGUAUUAG